UCACUGACAGCCCAUUCUAUCGCUCAGGUCCAUCGACAGUCAGUGGCCUACAGGUGUCUGGGACAUCAGACAGCCUGGGAGUUUCCUGGCAGCCUGGCCCAGGGAGGACUGAGCGAUUCCGGCUACUGCUCACUGACCGAGUGGGUGUGGUGAGGAACCUGACUCUGGAGAGCACCGCUAAAGACUACACUGUCACCGACCUGGUGCCAGGGCGCGUGUAUAACAUCACCAUGGUGACGGAGGCAGGGGGACGCCAGAGUACCACCUCAAGACAAAUCCAGACGGUGCCCUAUGCCGUCUCCAACCUGAAGCUAGAGAACAAUAACACCCAGGUCAGUUUGAGAGCAUCAUGGAGUCAACCCCAGGGUGAUGUGGACUCUAUAGUGGUGACCCUGUCCUCAUCUGGAACCACCCCUCUGGAGAAGACCCUGUCAUCUGACACCACAAAGGCCCACUUCCACCAGCUGACACCUGGACGGACCUAUCAGGUGUCUGUUGCCACCAAGAGCGGCGAGCUCUCCAACCAAUCAACUGCCUCGGCUAACACAGUCCCAGGUAAAGUGUCCCAGCUCUCUAUGGAGGCGCUGGAUGACUCCAACUCUCUGAAGGUGAUGUGGGCUCCCCCUGGUGGAGACUGGGAUAAGUACAGGGUGCUGCUGUUAAAUGGGACCCAGACUCUGGAUAACAGGACCGUGGAGAAAGAAGUGGUGGAGUACACCUUCUCUGGCCUGGGACUGGUUCCUGGGAGGACCUACAGGGCUGGGGUCAUGGUGGAGAGCACUGGGGAGCAAGGCACUGUGGAGUACUGCCACAGAGGAAUAGCUCCUAAGCCCGUCUCAGAGCUUCAUAUCCGCCAUGCUGACGAGACCUCCCUCAGCGCCCUGUGGAGUCACGCCCCCAACUCAGCCAGGGACGGCUACGCCGUGGAGCUCCGCCAUGGCAAUGCCACGGUUGCCACGAGAGACCUGACCCGUGACAUGAGGGAGUGCACCUUCAACGUGCUCAUGCCUGGACGCGUGUUCACCAUUACCGUGACAACCAAGAGCGGGGAACUCAACAGCUCUGUGUCUGUGCUAGGGAGGACAGUACCUCUGGAGGUGAGGCGUGUCCACCUGAGCAACCAGGGCCACGUGGACAGGUUACAGGCCAGCUGGGAACUCCCCUGGAGAUCUGGACUUCUGCAGCCUGCAGCUCCUCCACAACAACCGGGCUGUGCAGAACCACACCGUCCCAGCCAACACCACCUCUCUGCAGCUCAGAGACCUCAGGCCUGGCGCCUCCUACAGCCUGGUGUACCAGCUGCGGUCGGAGAGGUCACGGUCAGUAACAACGGUCGUCCAGACUUCCUGGGGGUGUCGUGGCAGCCAGCGGUCGGAGAUGUGGACAGUUACCUGGUCCUACUGAAGGACCGCGACAGGACCGUACACAACCUGGUGGUUUCUAAGGCAAGCCCAGAGUGUGUGUUUAACUCCCUCAAGUCAGGGAGGCUGUACACCGUCUCCAUAGCAACCCGCAGCGGCAGCUUCCAGAACAACACGGUGGUGACGGCUCGUACAC